AUCACUGUGGGCAGGGGAGUUCUCGGUUAGCUAAGCAAGCUAAAGUCAGGAAUGUAAAUUCAGCGUACUUCCGUGUAUUUUGCCAGCUAAUUCAUACUAAUAAAAUGACGUGUGUAAUGUGUUUGAGGAAACUGAUUUUGAUCAUUUGAAUAAGGCCCACUUUGAGGUCUGACAACAGCCACAACUCUGGAGCCAAAGCACCACUUUGUGUGUGGCAAGAGGGUCGGUUUCCGGCAACUAUGGCGGAGGUGAAAGGUCAGCCCGGUUCAACACCUCGCGGGCCGUACAUCUCAGUCAUCACCAACCGGACCACAAACCUGGUCAUCCGCGGGGUCAUGCUCUUCUCUGUCGGCGUCCUGCUGGCCCUGGUGCUCAACCUGCUGCAGGUACAGAGGAACGUCACCCUCUUCCCGCCCGACGUCAUCGCCAGCAUCUUCUCCUCAGCCUGGUGGGUGCCCCCCUGCUGCGGCACCGCUUCAGCCAUGAUCGGCCUGUUGUACCCCUGCAUCGACAGCCGCCUGGGCGAGCCCCACAAGUUCAAGCGCGAGUGGUCCAGCGUGAUGCGAUGCGUGGCCGUCUUUGUGGGCAUCAACCACGCCAGCGCCAAGGUGGACUUUGCAAACAACGUCCAGCUCUCUCUGACCCUGGCCGCCCUGUCUAUCGGGCUGUGGUGGACGUUUGAUCGCUCACGGAGUGGGUUCGGACUGGGUGUAGGCAUUGCCUUCCUGGCAACCCUAGCUACCCAGCUGCUUGUGUACCAUGGGGUUUUUCAGUAUACUUCACCAGAUUUCCUCUACAUACGUUCCUGGUUGCCCUGUAUCUUCUUUGCUGGUGUAAUAACUAUGGGAAAUAUAGGACGCCAGUUAGCUUUGUAUGAAUGCAAAGUUGUUCAAGAAAAGCCACAUCAAGAAUGACAAAGGGACUGUUCACCUUUUUAUCGCAUUUUGAAUGGAUAAAAUGCCAAAACCAGUAAUGCUUGUGUAUAUAUUCUGUGUAUGUCUCAACAAAAUAGUGAAAUUUCAGGAACUGCAGUUUAGUUUCUUCUGUGCAGUGACUUCAAUGCAAUCUGUGAUUGCAACUUUACCAGAAUGAAAUGGCCUAAGUCUAGAGCACAGUACGGUUUUUGAAAAUUGCCAGUUAGUGUAUUGUGAGUGCACCUGUCAGCCUAAAAAUAAUCUCUGUGAAAUCAGUGGAAUUGUGGCUGACACAGCACAAGAGCUUUGAAAUGGGGAGUUAUGUGUCACCACUUUAGGAUAUGACUACCGUCACUACUAAGAGUAUUAGCUACUAAGCCUGCCGUUUUCUUGCUAACUUUCUCAGAGCUGUUAAAGUGAGUGCACAAACAACUCCAACAUGCGUAAUCACACACAGUUUAUACUGAGAUGUGUGGCUGUUUUUUCAUACUGAUCCUGAUGUUGGAGUUUGUUUUGGGAAUUGUCUGUGGAUGGAUCAAAUAAAUGCAGCACAGCUCUCACAACUUCAUUGUCACUAUUCUACAUGAAAUUUACCGGCAAUAAUAUCCUCAUUUCUGGUGAAACACUGCAUUGUUCAGUGGUCAUUUUGCAUUCACAGUCCUUCUAAUUGUAUUUGACAGAUUUUUCUGACUUGGUGAAAGUUGAACCCAAGAUAAUUUUUGUUGAUGGGCAAUUACCAAGGGUUUGCAUUUGUAUUCCAAGAUGUACAACAUGACCCUGACAUAUGCUUUCAGCAUGCACAUUCUGAGAAAAUGUUCAGAAUGGGGACUGGUGUUCUAGGCUUUAGCUGUUUGUUGAAGUAGUCCUCAGAGCAAGGCUUUUUGGCUUCACUGUGCCAAACAGACUUUCACAGAAGACCCAUCAUUACAGGUUCUUUUUUCUUUCUUUCUUUUUAUCAAAUGUAGCUUAUGUGGCUGGUAGAAUAUUUAUUGCUUGCUUCAGCAAAUACAAAUGAAUAUAGGUCUUUAUCUUAAGAGUGCAGUAUAUACAUUUAUUGGGAUCCUUAUCAAAAGAUAAAUGGCCAUGGUUUUAGUGUUACCUGAUGGUGGCCUGGCACAAGCCCAAAGCAGUAGACUUAUAUACCCCUGUCCCUCAUGGCUUGAUUUGCAGAGUGGUUCACCCAAGAUUUUUAGUUUGUAUUAUUUUUUUCAGCAUCUGAUAAGAGGAACAGCUUCCAGUUUGUUUUUUUCUGUACAUCAGGUGGCCAGUGAACAGUGUUAAAAGUAACGUACAAAAUGCUCAAUCCCACAACGGCUACUUGGUGCCUGGUUUUUACUAACUGUUCAACCACUUUUCAUUUUACCCAGAUAAGGACUCUUUAACAGUUCAGUCGGAAGUAGGCAUAUACACGUUGAACUGAGAAAUGAUGCAAAAUAAGGGAUGGCCUCAUUUAGUGAUGAAAUGGAUUUUGAGG